UGGGUGAAUCAUCCCUCUUUUCUGUCUUGCACGCUGCUCUCCAUCGUGCCUUCCCUCGCGAGCACGCCCGCCCGUGGUUCCACCAAACACGCCUCAUAGCUAAAGCUAAAGCUAAAUACCGCCUUCAUCCCUCCCAUGUUUUCGUUUGGAGAGAAGACUCCCAAGCAGCCAGCUCACUCUUUUAUCGACCUCCCUCCUCCCUCCUCCCCUCUCUCUCGAUAAUCCUCUGCCUUCACAAUAGUAGCAGCAGCAAUGUCUGCUCCUCUCGCCAAAACGGAAGGAGGCAACUCUGCCUUCCACAACUUCAACAAUGACUUUGCUCACAUUGCCGACCCCAAUGAGCGAAGACGUCUUGCCCUUGCCGAGAUCGACAAGGCCCCGUUCGGAUGGUACCAUGUUCGUGCGUGUAUUGUGGCCGGUAUCGGUUUCUUCACGGAUUCCUAUGAUAUCUUUGCCGUUGGUCUCCUUACCACCAUGUUGGGUAUAGUGUACUGGCCAAAGAGCAAGGGUGCUAUGCCAACAGAUUCCGAUACUGCCAUCAAGGUAGCCACUUCCGCAGGAACUGUCGUUGGUCAACUUGGCUUCGGCGCUUUGGCUGAUAUCGUUGGACGUAAACGCAUGUACGGAUUGGAACUCAUUGUCAUCAUCUUCGCAACCUUGGCUCAGGCCCUUACCUCCAACUCAUACUCCAUUAACAUUGUUGGUGUCAUCAUCUUCUGGCGUGUGCUUAUGGGUAUUGGAAUUGGUGGUGAUUACCCACUCUCUUCCAUCAUUACCUCGGAGUUCGCUACGACCAAAUGGAGAGGAGCUAUGAUGGGUGCCGUUUUUGCUAUGCAAGGUUUCGGUCAAUUGACAGCUGCUAUUGUCAUGAUCAUUGUUACUGCCGGCUUCAAAGACUCUCUGAAAAGCGCCAAGUCCUAUGCCACCUGCCAGGGUGUCUGCGGUAUUGCUGUUGACAAGAUGUGGAGAAUCCUCGUCGGUUUUGGCGCUGUACCUGCAUGCAUUGCCCUCUACUACCGCCUUACCAUCCCCGAGACUCCUCGUUAUACGUUCGAUGUCGCUCGUGAUGUCGAGAAGGCAGCCGAUGAUGUUACCGCUUAUAAAGCUGGUAAAUCUGAGGGCAGCCCAGAUGAGAUCACUCGAGUCCAGGGCCGUAUUGCUGGCGAAGAGAAAUUGACCAUCCCCAAGGCCAGCUUCAAGGAUUUCACCUCCUACUACUCGCAAUGGAAGAACGGAAAGGUCCUCCUCGGCACAGCGGGUUCUUGGUUCUUCCUCGAUGUCGCUUUCUAUGGUAUCUCUCUCAACAACCCUGUCAUCCUCUCUACCAUUGGCUUCUCCGGUGGAUCUAAUGUCUGGCAAAUCCUUCACAACACUGCCGUCGGUAACUUGAUCAUUGUCCUGGCCGGUGCCAUCCCCGGGUAUUGGGUUACCGUUGCCACCGUCGACAUUCUUGGCCGCAAGACCAUCCAACUCGGAGGCUUUGCGAUCCUUACCAUCCUCUUCUGCAUCUUUGGACUUGGCUACAACCACAUCUCUAAUCACGGCCUAUUCGCCAUCUAUGUUCUCAUCCAGUUCUUCUGCAACUUUGGCCCCAACGCCACCACUUUCAUCGUCCCAGGAGAGUGCUUCCCUACUCGUUACCGUUCAACCUCCCAUGGUAUUUCUGCCGCUUCAGGCAAGAUCGGUGCCAUCAUCGCCCAAUCCGCUAUUGCCCCUCUCCGUAUCCGUGGUGAGAAGGCUGGAGCUACUGGCCGUGCUGCCGCCCCAUGGUUGAACCACGUCAUGCAAAUCUUCGCUCUCUUCAUGUUGCUCGGUAUCUUCACCACCCUCUGCAUCCCAGAAACCGCUCGCAAGACCCUCGAGGAGCUCAAUGGUGAGGAGGAUACUCACGUUGAGGAGAUUGCCCCCGCUACCAAGGCUGAGGUCGAGGACAAGGAGUAAGAACUUCAAUUACGGAAGUAAAGUGCAUCUUUCAUGGCUAUAUUUUUCUUUUUCCAGAGCCUGAAUUAGAGUGUUUGAUACCUAUAUAGCAUUGUAGUUUGUAUUAGAUUGUGUAGAGAGCAGAAAGGAUAAUCAAAUUGAUGAUUUCC